AUGCAGCUGAAGUUCAUUGAACCUAUUAUGCCACGUUAUGUGAAUCCAAAUUCAAAAGGUUUUGACUCAAAUGCAAGAUGUGAGUAUCACUCUAAUACCCAAGAUCAUAGUACCGAAAAUUGUUGGACAUUAAAGAAAUCCAUUAAAAAUUUGAUUGAAGCAAAGGCAAUUGUGGUAACAAAUAAUGAGGAUAAUCCUAAUAUCAUAAACAAUCCGCUCCCAACUCAUGAUAAUACAUAUUUUAUUGGGAUGAUUUGUGAUGAUCGGGAUUAUAAGCAGUCUGGCAAGACAGAGAUGGUUGUUAGAACCAUAGGGCCAGAACCAAAAGUGAUAGUGAGUCUGCCGCAAUUGGCACCGUUGAUUGUGAAAGGUGCGAGUUCUAGUUUGAACUUGGCAGGUUCUGAAAAAAUGAUUCUCUAUGUUCCUAGAAGUACAAAAAAGGUUGAGGUUCAAUUAGGUGGGCCAAAACUUUACAUCCCCGGGGACAUUCAAAAGAUCAUUCCGAAUAAUGGUUUGAGAAAUAUAAUAGAGCCAGUCGUGAUCGGACCUGUUGCCCAACUCCCAGUGACAAACACAAAAGCUAUUCCAUGGAAUUAUAACAAGACUGUCAUGACAUACAAAGGAAAAGAGAUAGUUAAAGAAACAAGUGAAAUGGGGGGCUUGACCUGCUCUGGAAGGUGUUAUUCACCAGAGGAAUUGAGAAAAGCUAAGCAAGCCAGGGAAAGUCACUUGUCAGUGAAAGAACCCGUUGUAGAAAAAGAAGCGGAGGAAUUCCUUAAGAAGAUGAAAAUGCAAGACUACUCAAUCAUUGACCAACUAAGAAAAACUCCUGCUCAGAUAUCUUUGUUAUCUCUGCUUUUUCAUUCAGAAGAGCAUCGCCGUGUGUUGAUCAAAACUCUGAACGAGGCAUAUGUAUCUGAAAAGACAACGAUGAAUCAGCUAGAAAAAAUGACUAAAAGAUUCUUUGAAGUAAAUAGAAUUACUUUCAGCGAUGAUGAUUUGCCUGAGGAAGGGGCUGGCCACAAUAGAGCUUUGCAUCUUAUGGUCAAAUGUGAAGGGCACUACGUAAAAGGAGUCAUGAUUGACGGAGGCUCAAGUGUAGAUGUAUGUCCUCUUUCUACUCUACAACAGCUGAACAUUGACACUAACAGAAUCCGAACUAGUAAUGUCAGCAUCAGAGCUUUUGAUGGUUCAAGAAGAGACACUAUUGGGGAAAUCGAACUCACUAUGACAAUCGACCCGGUUGAUUUUAACAUUGUCUUUCAAGUGUUGGAUAUGGAAACUUCCUAUAAUUUUCUUCUGGGAAGGCCGUGGAUCCAUAUGGCCAGAGCUAUACCAUCCACCCUACAUCAAAUGGCCAAGGAAGGAUGUGAAUCCAUCAUAUAUCAAGCAUUUGAGGUGAUUGAGGUGGACCAAGUGGAAGAAGGAAAAUCAAUUCUGCAUCCCCGUCUUUCAGUCACAUCUAUGAUGGUAGCUUCGCUGAUGUUGAGGAACGGCGAUGAACCAGGAAAAGAAUUAGGAUCCUCUCUGCAAGGAAUUGUGAACCCCAUUGCUCCCUUUUCGAAGAAAUAUACCUUUGGCUUGGGUUUUAAACCAACACCAGCUGACAUAGACAGAGCCAAGGCCCGCAAAAAGAAUGGUUUGAAUCUAUCCAAUCCAAUCCCUCACAUUGCCUACUCUUUUGUCAAGCCACAAUUUGAAGAAGUCCAAAAUCCUUCUACUCAGGAUGACAUUGAUAGAGUUUGCCAGGGUCUCAAGGAGAUGUUCUAUGGGAUCAAUAUGGUUCAAGUUGGGGAGGGCCCUAGUCGUGCAAGUGUUCAGCUGAUUGGUCCAGAUACCUCACUCAGCAACUGGGAAGCAACUCCUCUUCCCAUCAAGAAGGAGUCUUGGUAG